ACACACAGAGGCACACACAUACAGACACACACACACACACAUACGCACUGUAACAGGAAACGAAAAUUAAAAUGCUUUAAUGAGAUUCUCCGAAAUCUGUUGAAAGAUCUUCAUUGUCAUUUGGCAUUUGUCAGUUGAAAACUUUUGAGGAAUUUGGAUCAUAGUGAAGAACCCUGAAGACAUGAAGAUCGCAUCAGUGUCCAUGGUUUCCCUUUUUAUUUUUGGUUUAUUCAAUUUCAUCUCUCUGACUCACUCAAAAAAAUGUAUUCGUAAAAACGGGGAUUGUGUAGCAGCAGACGUACAUCACUGUAAAACUGCGUGCUCUGUAAUUCCAGAGAACUGCAACAAAGGAAUCGAUCGUUUUGGAAAAGGCAAAAAACACCAAUGUCAUUGCAAACAAUUGAGAUUUUGCAAUGUCACCAACAAUGGUCAUUGUAAUGGCAAAGGAUGUAUCUUUGGUUACGAGGGACCAAACUGCCAAAAACGUUUAUACCACGAAUUUCUCAAAUCUCAAACUGGCAUGGUGAUGUUUGAUGUGAAUGCCAAUAACACAUGUAGAAAUAUAACAGGACGGAACCAAUCAAUACAGUUCAAUCACGUCUACAGGAUCCACCAAAUAAGACUUCAUGGCAGAAUUUCAGAUACAAUUACAAACAUCUUUGGUUCUGAUAAUCAGACUCUUGAAUGCAAACCUACAAAACGUGUAGCAACAGAACUAUUGUGUUCAGGAGACAUAACUACAAAUAAGAUUCAAAUUAUGGCCAACAAUUCCUGCAUAGACAAUAUUAAACUUUUUGGUUGUUCCCCUGGAUGGUUUGGUGAGGAAUGUACACAGGAGUGUCAUUGUCAAAAUGGUUCUGAUUGCCAUCAGCUGACUGGAGUUUGUCAAAAUGGAUGUGAGAAUGGAAGGCAUGGAGAAAAUUGCCAGAAUAUAAAUUAUGUAAAUGUUGCACUUGGUCGACCAGCAUCCCAAUCAAGCACAAAGAAAAAACGCUAUAUUUUUAAAGGUAAGAUUUGUCGAGACAGAAAAACAUCAAUGAAUGCUUCUUCAGUUGUGGAUGGAAACAAUUUGAUCUUUGAAAGGAUGUGCAGUUCCACUGAAUGGGAGAAGAAUCCCUUUUGGAAGGUUAAACUUGACAAGAAUUAUACAAUUUCUCAGCUGAGAAUAUUUACAGACAACUUAUAUCAAUUGACUGUGUACAUUGGUAACAACACGAAGCCAUGUUUUCAACGUCCAAAGAAUCAUAAAGAACUGAGCUUGGAUGUUAUGUGUAGAGAACCACAGAUUGGAGAUUCUGUGACCAUAGCAAUCAAUGCUGGGUCUGCCAUCUUGAGUCUUUGUGAAGUUGAAGUUCUACAAUGUUUACCAGGGUUUUACGGGAAUCUUUGCCAUUCAAGAUGCAACUGUCAACAAAAAGAAUGUGAUCAAAUCACGGGUUUAUGCAUCUAUGAUGCAUGUCAGGCACAGCUAGCAGAAUCAUUCUUGCAAGCGGAUUCACUUAUUGUAGUUUGUGUAAUUUUGCUGGUGAUUUGUCUGGUCAUGAUAUAUAAGUAUUGCAAAAUUAAGAAAUAUACAGCCUGUAAGAAACGACUAUCAGAGGUCACUUUAGUAAGUUCAGUCCCAGACAGCAUCCCCUUUGACGAGUCCGUUUACAUUCAGCCAAUAGCAACAGAACUGAACAAGCAAAAUAUUCUGAUUUAUGUCCAACAGAAGAAGAGAAAGCUGGAACCUUUUUCUAAAGAUUUCUCUGAUCUUCCUUGUAAUCUUCUUUAUCCAUGUACUGAAGCAAUAAAACCUGAAAAUAAAGACAAGAAUCGUUUCCAAUGUUUACUUCCUUAUGAUCACUCUCGAGUUGUGUUACAACCUGAUGCAACCUUUUCGUCUGAUUACAUUAACGCUUCGUACAUACAUGACAAGAAAUAUAUUUCAACACAAGUGCCGACGAAAAAAACAAUGGUUGAUUUCUGGAGAAUGAUAUGGCAACAGAACUGUUCUGUAAUUGUAUUACUCACAAACAAUGAGCAGCCGGAUUAUGUACAGCACUUACCUGAAGUGAAUGCUACCUUGCAUUUUGGAUUGAUCAGUGUUCAAGGAGUUCUGUUGAUGAGCCACAAGUACUAUACAGUCUCCAAAUAUGUGAUAUUUGAUCCCAAAUCUAAACCUUUUGUCAGCCGCACAAUAACACAAUACAACUUCACUGCUUGGCCUGAAGGAAUGAUUCCAGCAAAACCAGAAUAUAUUUUAAACUUUCGCCAGAAAGUCAACUCUUGCAGUGAUUUGAAAUAUCCAAUUGUUGUUCAAAGCAAAACUGGCGCUGGGUCUACUGGGGCAUAUAUAUGCCUUGAUAUUCUUCUGGAGAAAUUGGAACAAAACAAAGCUCUCAACACAGCAUAUAGCAUCAGAAGUUUGUAUAAUGAAAGGUGUCUGAUAUUCACUAAACGGGCACAACUUGAAUUUGUUUACGAUGUCAUAACUGAGAGUAUGAUGACUUCUGGUUGUAACAUUAACUUCAAUGAUUUAAAGAGUGAAAUUGAAAGAAUUUCUGUUAAAGAUGAAAUCACUUGUUGGUCAAUUGCAGACAGGCAGUUUAUGGACAUCCUUCAGCCAGUCUGCCAGGGCAACAGUGUUCACUCUGAUCUUCUUGAGGAACUUUACAGUGAUGAACGCAAUAUGUCCACCACAAAUUUCGAAAUUUCCUUAAUUGAGGGUUAUGAGGAAGAUAAAUUCAUUUUAGCCAUAUCUCCAGAUCGAGAGGAAAUGCCUGAAUUUUGGAACAUUAUCACCAAAGAAAAGUGUUUGACUAUAGUAACAUUUAGAGACUUAACCAAUGAAAACACCAGCUAUUUGCCAACGGCAAUUGGUCAGUCUCUGAAUUUUGGUCAAUUUAACUUGGAAUUAAUUAAUUUCAUGGACAAAGAAUUAUUUCAAUGCAAUGUCUUGAGAGUUUCUUAUACCAAAGAGGAGUCAUACUAUUACACCAUUGUGAACCACUAUGAUGUGACUUUCUGGAAGGACAAAACCAGGCUGCCACCAUUUGAAACGAUGCUUAGUUUGGUGAACAUUGUCUCGCACCAAAACAGUGAGAAAAUGCCAAUAGCUGUGCAUAAUAGGUGUGGUUAUUUUGAGAGUGGUCUGUUCUGUGCCAUUUAUUCUACAAUAAAUAUGGUCAAGGCUGAAGAAUCCUGUAUCAAUAUUGCUCGACUUUUGCGACAGAUGAAGAAAUCUCAACCCCUAAUUUUAACAGACCCGACAUUGUACACAUACUGCUUGAAUGUGGUAAAAGCAUCUCUUGGUAACGAAUCUCAUUAUGCAGAAGUGAAGAAGUGAGGUACUGUUUUCCUGCCCACCUCAAGGUCAUAUUUUGAAAAACUUUGGAACCACUUCAGUAUUACUGUUGGUUACUACCAUCAAGAGAGAAAACUGGCUUUAUUGAUCUUUCAUCAUUGUUUCCAUAACAUACUUAUAUACAUAUAUACACACACAUUCAAGCCAUCAAUGGAACUGGCAAAAUUUGUAAGACUUACCAGAUGGUCAGUAUUUGAGUAUAUAUGCCCACGUCUAGUUAUGCAGCAUAUGCACAAUGCUACACACAAACUUGGGACAAAUAUCCUGUUCAUGAUGAAAUUCCAAAGAAGAAGGGCUUGGAGCUAGAUUGGAAACCAGCUCUUUCUCUAUUGACAAGAGAUCUUGAAAUAAAACUGAAGAAUAACAUACAUACACACACCACACACACACACACACACACACACACCACACAC